CUCAGCAAGGGCAGGAUCACUCCCUGCCAUCUUCCCAACCACCUCCCCCUCUGCGGAGUCCCAGCCAAACUCCGCUCAGCCUUUAAUCUGCAGGAAGCCUGCUUUCCCUGGCAGCAGCAUUUCCCAGAGACCCCGGACCCCCAGGCACAGCUACACCUCGGGCUGCUGCAGGAGCUCAGCCUUCCUCGGGGAGCCCCCCUGACAGCCCCUGGAGGGACAGCUGGACCGUGCGUGUCUCGCCCUUAGAAUCCACCCCCUACUCCAGGAGGCUUUAAAGGGGCAUCCCCACACCCAGAAGGUCUCACCAUGAACGGGUACUUGAACGAAUCCAAUUUCCUGAUGGUGGAGGAGGGCUUCACCACCAGAGACCUCCUGGAGAACCUCCUGGGCGAGCUGUGCCAAGAGAGCGAGCAGCAGGCCUUCUUCGUGGCAGACCUUGGGGACAUUGUGAAGAAGCACCUGCGUUUCCUGAAGGCCUUGCCCCGGGUGAAGCCCUAUUUCCCACUUAAAUGCAACGGCAGCGAAGGGGUGAUCAGGCUGCUGGCAGAGCUGGGGGCAGGAUUUGCCUGUGCCAACAAGGCAGAAAUCACCCGGGUUCAAGGCAUUGGGGUCCCACCAGACAGGAUCUUCUACAGCAGCCCCUGCAAGCAGGUUGCCCACAUCAGGUAUGCAGCCACCCACGGGGUCAGGCUGAUGGCCUUUGACAACGAGGUGGAGCUGAGCAAGGUGGCCAGGAGCCACCCCCGUGCCAGGAUGUUGUUGGGGAUCUCUGCUGACUCCAUCCCUGCUGCCCACCCAAGCAUGACCUUUGGGAGCACGCUGAAAUCCUGCCGGCACCUGCUGGAGACAGCGAAGGAGCAGGCUGUGGAGGUGGUGGGCAUCAGCUUCCACCUCGGGAGCCGUGGGCUGGAGCCCCAGGCCUGGCCCCAGGCUGUGGCCACAGCACAGCUGGUGUGUGACAUGGGCACGGAGCUGGGACACCACAUGCACCUCCUGGACAUUGGGGGGGGAUUCCCUGCCACUGAGGACGCCAGAGCCCCGCUGGAAGAGAUUGCUGCUGGGAUAAACUCUGCCCUGGAUUUGUACUUCCCCGAGGGCAGUGGGGUGGACAUUAUUGCCAGGCCUGGGCGUUACUAUGUCACCUCUGCCUUCACCUUGGCUGUCAGCAUCACUGCCUUGGAGGAGAUCCCCGUGGAGCAGCCUGGCUCUGAUGAGGAAGAGUGUGGCAGCAAGAAGAGCCUGGUCUAUCACCUCAGUGAUGGCAUCUAUGGUGCCUUCAGCUGCCUCCUGUUCGACAGCCCCUGCCCCAGGCCUCGGCUGCACAAGAGACCGUGCCCAGAGCAGCCCUGGCACAGCUGCAGCCUGCGGGGCCCGCGGGGGCACGGCGAGGAUCGCAUCGCCGAGGGGCUGCAGCUGCCCCAGCUGCACGUGGGGGACUGGCUGCUUUUUGGGGACAUGGGAGCCUACACCAUGCCAGCAUCAUCCCUGCUCACAGCUGGUCCCCAAGCACGGGUCACCUACGCCAUGUCCCGCAUGGCCUGGAAAGCCAUCCAGCUCUUCCAGGGAAAGCCACCCCAGACAGAAGAUGACCGUGAGAGCCUCUGCACGCCCCUGUCCUGCGGCUGGGAGAUGGCAGAGACGCUUUGUGUCACCCCUGUCUUCGCUCCAGCUGGCAUCAUCUGAGCAGCUCUGGGGAAGGAGCCACA